GAAUAGUAAUAAAUGUAGACGGAGUUCAUGCUGAAUACACCAGCUGCGUGUGAGGCCAUGCGAACUGGCGAUGCGCACGCACGGGUCGCACGCCUCCGUCGCAGCGCCACCGCCUUCCAAAACGUCUACGCCGCCUUCGCGCCGUGGCAGCACCUCUCUACCGGCAUCGCAGAGCUGGACGCGUUGUUGAAUGCUGCAGGGGUAGGCAGCGAGGGGAGUAGUGGCGGUGACGGUGGCCAUUCACAUCACAUAAACGCCGGAGCAAGUGGGUGUCGUGCUGGUGGACUGCCGGUGGGGGGACUGCACGAGUUGUACGGCCCCCCGCUCUCCGGCAAAUCCUUCCUCCUGCGCCGCAUCGCGACAACCUACACGCGCCGCAUGACCGCCUUUCGUCAGUGGUGCUUAGAUGAGAUGGUGCGGGAUGAAACAUGGUGGACGAUGUCGACUGCGGAUCGCGAUGAACAGGGUAAAGAGCCGCAAACGGGAGAGGAGACGCGACACAGCAAUGCGGGCCCUUCACCGAAGGUCCUAUUGAAGUCCACGUCAAACAAUGCUGCUGCUGCUGGUGUUCCCUAUGCCCCAACCGUGGCGGUUUGUGAUUGGGACUUAUACGUCUGCUUGGUGCGCGGCACCACAUUGGCACCAGAUAACCCAUCAUCGGCAACCUUUUUUUCGGCUGAGGUGUUGUCUUGGCAAGAGCAGAUCAUCAACGCCCUUCCUACACCUUCUCCUGUUUGUGGCUGUGCGAAAGGCGAAACAAAUGGAGAGCAUGGUGCGAGUGCGGUGCCGGUACCCUCGCAACAGCAAUUGCAGCGGGACUACGUAGCCGGACAUUGUCACGUGUGUGUUGUGUCCACGCCAAACGAGCUUCUCGCCCUUCUCAACGCCCUGCUCACCACAGAAAAUUCGGGUCAAAAGGUGUCUUAUCCGCCUUCUGAUGGAUGUUGCACCAGCUCGUCGUCUUUCACAGCGCAGCAGUCACAGCAGCAGAAGCCUCCCACUACAGAUGCAGCAGACGGCGCGCCAAACACAACAACGGGAAAAGUACAGCGUAAACGCAGUCGAAGCAGCAGUGCUGACAAGUGUGAAUGCACACCCCUACCACCCCUUUUGAUCCCCUCUCCUUCUUCCUCCAGAGUGCCGAAACGCUUAUGGGACCUGCAGAAGCAACGUCUUUUGCUAGUAGACGGUUUAGACCAGCUUUGGCUGCAUCCGAGCUUUGGCACGCACAGUGGAACGCACACUGGGCAGUGGUUUUCGAUGGAGCUGCAUCGCCUCUUGCGAUGUUUCUUGACUCCGCAGUGUCUCGAGGCACCUGCUGUUCCUGCUGAAGACGACAGUAGGCGGAGGAAUCCGUUGGUCAACUGUUCGUUUUCCGUGUACUCCACCGUGGUGGCCACAAACGGCUACCAAGGUGGGGGCUUCGGUUUGCACACGCAACAGCAGCUGCAGGAUCGACUCCGCAGCUUUCCGGUCAUACCAACGCAGGAACAAAAAAACAAGGGGAGGAUAUCAUCGACGUCUCUAGCAGCAUCAGCAGCAGCGGUGUUGCCGCGGCCAGCUGGAAACCCGGUGUGGUGGAUGGCGGUGGACACGCGCUGUCUAGUGGAGCCAGCGCACCCCGGGCUUGUGUCUCUUCCGUCCUCUACGCCGUCUUCGUUCCGCUCCACAAGCGGUUCACACGCCGAAACACAACCGCCUUCUUCGACGUCAGAGACGCAACGACGUGCAGCGAGGUCACCUCGGGCAAUAGUUUCGUCACUUUCUUUUGGUCCUUCGAGGGAGGAGGCAGAAGCUGCCGUCGAAAUGCAUGUAACGGUGGUGCUGGGAGGGUCACGUGUCUGUGCAGGUUGGGUGGAGCGACGCGACGACAAGGAAGGUGAGGGAGGUAAGAAUUAA